AUGCCGUACAACACGCGCCGCAGUCGUAUCAUUGUGGCACUCUUUGGAGAGCAUCAAAAAUUACACAUUCUUCGGUCUUUCUGCCCUUUGCUUUUCCCAUGGCGUUGGCCUCUGCCUUAAUAUAUGACUGUGGUUCAAUGAACUGCUUCGACAAAUCCAAUUGUUUUCUACCCUGGGCGAGCACCUCCUGUCAGUUUUUUUUUUUUUGUCAGAUAUUUUUUCAUCAAUUAACUUCAAGCCAGUAUUAAAUAGAAUUGCCGCAUGAACAGGCUCUUCCCCUCACUUUUUUACUUGUAAUUUCUUUUUGUUUACCGGAGAGGUACAAUAAAAAUAUCUUACGUUGUUUUUUACGGCAUGCCAUGAGAAUCCUACUGCGUUGAUCGUGUCUAUACGGGCUUCUUUAACCUGGCUGUCGAGUGAAAUCAGGAGCUAAGUGAGGGGCUCACGAUAAGCCUUCUCUCGUAUCUUGCCGCUUGGCAGACCAUUUCAUGCGCGCUGCGUAUGUCUUGCAGUCCCAUGGCAUACACGUUGCGGCGUAUAAGCAUGGAUUCGCCUCGCAGUUGGGUGGUCGCAGCGGCUUGCUGCUGGAUAAAUGUUUUCACUUUCUCCCUGAUCCGCUCGGCCGCCGUGACGUACGUGGCGCUGCUGCAUGCCUUCCCGGUGACCAGGGAACGGGCGUCGUGGCCCGUCAACAUUACUGUCGUCUGCUACUUCCUUACAGACAAUAUACCGCAGGUCCCAUUGCCGGAGUCCUGGCCAGGUACAUACCGAUAUGGAAGCUGUCCGUGGUCGGUUGCCUCGGCGGUUCUCUCGCCAUAUGCGUCUGCUUCUUCGCGCCCUCCAUGCUUUUCCUGGACAUCUUCCUUGGUGUCGUCCACGGCACCAGUAUCGGUUUGCUGAGCCUCUUCAGCGUCGUGGUAAACGAGCACUUUCUCAAGUACCGUGCAGCGGCCUCCGGCAUCGCCAACGCGGGCUUCACAGUCGGAGGACUUGUAUUCCCGCCGGUCAUGAAGGCGCUGGAAGAGAAAUACGGAAUCCACGGCACAUUCUUGAUUUUCGGAGCCGCCAUGCUCAACUCGGUGGCAGGUGCUUUGCUGCAACGCACGCCGCCGGUGACUCAACCGGAACGGGACAAAACUGGAGCCUCAAUCCACGAUUCGGAUGGAAGAGAUGGUAUCCUCGAAAAUGGCGACGAACUCGUGAGACCCCUUCGGUGUUCCGAUUAUCCACACCAACUCGAUGACGCAGACCUUUGUGGAUGCAACCGUACUCCCGAUCAAUGUUGCCAAAAGUUCAAUCUUUUGACAGCUGAAGGGUGCGACGUCGAUGGCGAUCAACCUCAAAGGGAAGAAACAAAGCUUGGUAGCACUGUUUCAAGCGACUUCAACCACUCGAAAAAGGACGUUUACUUUCUGGCGGAGAAGCACUCUGUACCAGAGCUAGUUGCAAAUAACGGAAUUCAAAAACCUUUGAACGGAGGGCCUAAAAGUGCCAAAAGAGAUUAUUUUCUCUCUUUUCUCUUAUUACCUGAAUAUUAUCUCAUCACCCUUUCCUUUUCCACCAUACACUUUAACAUGACUACGUAUAAUACUGUCGUAGUCGACUUCGGAGUGGACCGUGGGCUGUCUGCGUGGAACGCGGUUUACCUGAUGUCAGCCUACGCGAUGGCCGACCUGCUGGCUCGACUCGGCUCUGGUUUGAUCACGGACAGAAAGUACUUGCGAAAGAGCACGAUGAUGGGGUCUCACCUGGCGCUGUGGGGCGCAUUGCUGUGCCUGAUGCCCAUGUGCAGCUCGUAUCCAAGCCAGGUGGCUCUGUCAGUCUUGUUUGGCUGGUGCAAUGGCUCAACGAUAAUACUUAUAGUGGUGCUCUUCAUGGAGCUGGUGGGCAUCGACAAGGUCGGCGUCUGCUUCGGAAGUGCUAAUGCACUCGCUGGACUUGUGGGACUCGCAAGGCCGUUGCUAAUAGGAUUCUUCAGAGAUACUCACGGGGACUACGCUGGCUUAUUCAGCCUCAUCGGGGGAAUGACGAUGUGCGUGUCUCUGCUGUGGUUGUAUUAUCGUGUCAGAGAACGGGGCUCGUCAACGAGAAAAGAUGGCCACUCGUCGAGAACCCGCCCAAAACCAAGGGACCGCGUCUCAACAUCGUGAGAAAAGUAUCGGUCCAAACGAAGAAGUACUACUUUGGGCAUUAUGUGCUUGUGAGAUGAUGCCUAUAUUCACGACGGCGUGGCAUACGGGAAUAAACUUCAACGAAGCGAUGGUUCUGGACUGCGCCAGCACGUGAAAUUAGACAAGAACCAACCGGAGGAAUAUCAAUCGCAUCGCUAUAUACUGCAAGUUCGCAAUGCAUUGAUAAAGCAAAGAAAUAGAUUAUUCGGCGUCCAUUCUCAAUGUUUUGUCCAGUACUACGGAGGAGAGAUUCCCACGUUUAUUAAAGAAGGCUUAGGGCGCGUCUUGGCGUCUUCCGAGCAACGUCGAGUCUUCUUGUUAUCACUGAGCCUCGUAAUCGGCCUUUUCCAGUAAAUGAACUGCUGAAGGAGAAGAAAAAAGAGAAGAAAAGAGCGGGAGGUUAGCUCAUGUAAGUACCAGCUGGCUAUGCCCUAUGCUCUUGAAAGGACUAAAUGGAAUAAAAUGUUCAAGAACAGACAGGCAGAGAACUUUAAUUAGGUCCUGAGGUACGCUACCGUUCAAGGGGGUAGAGCAGCGGGCCGCUCCCACGUCGGGACGGGUAGGCCGAGCAUCAUCGCCGCUUCUUCGGCCCUCUGGACGGCCCUGAGUUGAUGUAGAAGGUCCGAGCUCCUGAGCAUGGAGCUCCAUUCCUUUUCGGUCGUGCGUUGAGGACCCCGUAAUGAGGGGCACUGCCAGAGCAUGUGAUCUAAAGUACAAGCGGCGCCACAAUCUGGGCAUGUUGGAUAAAGGCCUUCGAUGAACUAGCUGUGGGAAUGAAGACGAGGGUAUGAUCUGUUAUGAAACAUACGGAGGGUAGAUGCCUGUGCUCCAGAGAGCAUCUCAUGAGGAAGCGGGAAGACCCUCCUGCCCAACAGAUAAUGUUUGACGAUCUCAUUAAAAGUGAGGAGAACGUUUCUAAAGACCGCUAUAGAUUGAAGUCCGAAGAUCCCCCAGGCUGCCCAGCGCGAUGAGUUAGUUCGCGCGCUCGGGCAUGGGCGAUCUCGUUCAGGUUGGCCAUAACGUUAAUAAAGAACUAAUAAAUUAAGAGAAAAACAAUUCACACAAUAACGCGAUGCAAGGCGCUACAAAUUUCCAAGUCGGUCGCACAAUCCCCAAGUUCUUCAGUAUCUAAGUAACGCAAUUAAGGCUAUAAGUCCUGGAGCCAGUGCGGAUUAGUGUGCUAGGACUUUCUUCUCCGUCAAGGAAUGAUCGUCCAAUCUGUAGAGCAGGUACUUGCAGAGCAGGUACUUGCAGUCGUGUCCUCGCAGCCGCAGUUGUCUCAAGCAGUGCUGUCGGCCAUUCCAAUGCGGAAGGAAUAGGCGUUCGUGAAUGCUAUACGCCGAGCGACAGGCGGCACAGAAGUGUUUCUUCGGCUCAUGGUAUCCCUGGUGAAAGACUGAGUUUGCAGACGUGGAUCCAUUCUGUAGAGAUGUGUGCGUGGAUUAUUUACUUGAGUUCCGCUGUAUAAGUGUAAGCUCGAGAUCGCGCGGGAGCGAGCGAAGCCUUAUUGCUGCGUCUUUUCUCUACAGUGGUAUUAUUGGUAUACAGUUGCCACCGUCGUAGACCGAUCGGGCAGCAACAUCUGGACUGUAGUUACCAUAAAUUCCGCAGUGACCCGGCAUCCACUGAUGGAUGAUGAUGUGCCCGUUGUCGACUGCAUGGUGGUGAAGUAUAUAGUCGGAUGUCUGCGACUAUAGCUGCUCGUUCGGUCCGUGAUAGAAUGCAUGGGGACCGCAUGGCGCUGGCGAGCUGCCUUCGAGUCACGAAAGAUAUGGACUGUGAAUGUGAUGAUUUGUGACCAAUAAACUCCAGAGCAGCACGGAUAGCUGUGAGUUCUGUG